GCGCCCCGCCUCCCCCGCCGCCCGGUGGAGGGGCCGAGGGCGGGCGCUGGUGCCGAUCUGGACGCUCUGGGGAGUCUGAGGAGGAGACUAUGAGGCGAGCUCCGGCCCGGGCGCAGCCGGGCUCGGAGAGCGACGCCGCGCUCUGACUGGCCGCGCCGCGAGGGCCGGCGCGCGGACGGUGCCGGGGCGGCUCGGGGGCUGAUCCGCGCGGCCGCCCCCUCCCCCCCGCUGGUGUCUCCCCUCCUUCCCCGGCCCGCAGAGCCAUGUCGCGGGGCGGCUCCCGCCCACACCUGUUGUGGGACGUGAGGAAAAGGUCCCUCGGGCUGGAGGACCCUUGGCGGCUGCGGAGCCGCUACCUGGGAAGAAGAGAAUUUAUCCAAAGAUUAAAACUUGAAGCAACCCUGAAUGUGCAUGAUGGCUGUGUUAAUACAAUCUGCUGGAAUGAAACUGGAGAAUAUAUUCUAUCUGGCUCUGAUGACACCAAGUUAGUAAUUAGUAAUCCUUACAGCAGAAAGGUUUUGACUACAAUUCGUUCAGGACACCGAGCAAAUAUAUUUAGUGCAAAGUUCUUACCAUGCACAAAUGAUAAGCAGAUUGUAUCUUGUUCUGGAGAUGGAGUCAUAUUUUAUACCAAUGUUGAACAAGAUGCAGAAACCAACAGACAAUGCCAAUUUACGUGCCAUUAUGGAACUACCUAUGAGAUCAUGACUGUACCCAAUGACCCUUAUACUUUUCUUUCUUGUGGUGAAGAUGGAACUGUUAGGUGGUUUGAUACACGCAUCAAAACUAGCUGCACAAAAGAAGAUUGCAAAGAUGAUAUUUUAAUUAAUUGCCGACGUGCCGCAACAUCUGUAGCUAUUUGCCCACCAAUACCAUAUUACCUUGCUGUGGGUUGUUCUGAUAGCUCAGUACGAAUAUAUGAUCGGCGAAUGCUGGGCACAAGAGCUACAGGGAAUUAUGCAGGCCGAGGAACUACUGGAAUGGUUGCCCGAUUUAUCCCUUCCCAUCUUAAUAAUAAGUCCUGCAGGGUGACGUCUCUGUGCUACAGUGAAGAUGGGCAAGAGAUUCUUGUUAGUUACUCUUCAGAUUACAUAUAUCUUUUUGACCCAAAAGAUGAUACAGCACGAGAACUGAAAACUCCUUCUGCAGAAGAGAGAAGAGAAGAGUUACGACAGCCUCCAGUUAAGCGAUUGAGACUUCGCGGUGAUUGGUCAGAUACAGGACCCCGAGCAAGGCCUGAGAGUGAACGAGAACGAGAUGGAGAGCAAAGUCCCAAUGUGUCAUUGAUGCAGAGAAUGUCUGACAUGCUGUCAAGAUGGUUUGAAGAAGCAAGCGAAGUUGCACAAAGCAAUAGAGGACGAGGAAGAUCUAGACCCAGAGGGGGAACGAGCCAGUCAGAUGCUGCCACUCCUCCUACGGUCCCGUCACGCACUGACCUGGAAGCGGGAGAGACUGCGAUGGAAGUGGACUCGCCUGCGGAGCAGCCUUGCACAUCCUCGGCGCUGGCAGCGCAGACUCCGUCGGCAUCCCUUUCUGCAGCAAGCCCUCGUGUUGCUUCGUUGUCUCCUCCAGACAGUGAGCAGAGGCAGUCUGCGGAGGCAUCCGGACACCGUGCACAUAAUCAGUCUGAAUUUUUAAGGGGGCCUGAGAUAGCUUUGCUCCGUAAGCGUCUUCAGCAGCUGAGGCUUAAGAAGGCUGAGCAGCAGAGGCAGCAGGAGCUGGCUGCGCGUGCCCACCCACAGCCUUCCGCUGCCCAUCGGCCUUCACAGGAGGGCUCUUCACAGGACCCUCAGGCCUCAGAUUCUCCUUCUUCUGUGGUUAACAAACAGCUCGGAUCCAUGUCCCUUGACGAGCAACAGGAAAUCUCAGACAGUUGGAUGGAUAAAGGUUUCUGGAAGUCACCAGAGUGGUCUGAGGAGAUAAAAAUUAGGAAUCAUCAAUUCACAGAUAACAAUAAUGAAAAGCUGAGCCCCAAACCAGAGACAGGUGAACCCGUUUUAAGUUUGCACUACAGCACAGAAGGAACAACUGCAAGCACAAUAAAACUGAACUUUACAGAUGAAUGGAGCAGUACCGCCUCAAGUUCUAGAGGAAGUGGGAGCCACUGUGCCUCUGAGGGCCCAGAGCCUCCCGUGGCCCCACAGAGCACGGUGCAGCCUCCAGGAGACAGCGAGACAAAAUUCCCUGAAGAAUCACCAGAGGAUACGACGACAUACCAGGAAGGUACCUCUGCAGGAAACACAGUUCAGGAUCGUAUAGACAUAGCACAAUCAGAGAGGUCCAUGUCUGAGCUGCUGGAUUCCAGCUCAGGAGGAAGGAGUGAUGUCAGUCUUGACAGCCCUUGUGGGGUUCCAGGAGAAUCCGCUUUGUCUGAAAAAGGCAAGAAACCAGGAACUUCAGAUCAGACUGGCGCUGAGAGUGCUGCUGACCCAGAUGCUACCAGCCUUGAGCCUCCACCACAGACAGAAGCCAUUAGGCCCUCGCCUCCUGAGGGAACCCUGGCCAGGGGCUCUGCGCUCCAGGACACGGACGACAGUGAUGACGACCCAGUCCUGAUUCCGGGCGCACGGUACCGAGCGGGACCUGGUGAUAGAUUUAAUAUCAGAGGAACAGCAAUAGGUGAUAGAAUAAUGAGACGCUCUGCUGUUGCCCGUAUUCAGGAGUUCUUCAGGCGGAGAAAAGAAAGGAAAGAAAUGGAAGAACUGGAUACUUUGAAUAUUAGAAGACCACUAGUAAAGAUGGUUUAUAAAGGCCAUCGCAACUCCAGGACAAUGAUAAAAGAAGCCAAUUUCUGGGGUGCUAACUUUGUAAUGAGUGGCUCUGACUGUGGCCAUAUCUUCAUUUGGGAUCGUCACACUGCUGAGCACCUAAUGCUUCUGGAGGCUGAUAACCAUGUGGUGAACUGCUUGCAGCCACAUCCGUUUGACCCAAUUCUAGCCUCAUCUGGCAUAGAUUAUGACAUUAAGAUCUGGUCACCACUAGAAGAGUCAAGGAUUUUUAACCGAAAACUUGCUGAUGAAGUUAUAAAUCGAAAUGAACUCAUGCUGGAAGAGACUAGAAACACCAUUACAGUUCCAGCCUCUUUCAUGUUGAGGAUGUUGGCUUCGCUGAAUCAUAUCCGAGCUGACCGGAUGGAGGGUGACAGAUCAGAAGGCUCUGGUCAGGAGAACGAAAAUGAGGACGAGGAAUGAGCAGCUCCUGUGGGCAAGACUUAGAUGUCCUGAAAUUUGUAUAAGACAUUUAUUAUAUUUUUUCCUUACAGAGCUUUAGUGCAAUUUUAAGCUUAUGGUUUUUUGGAGUUUUCCUCCCUUUUUGGGAUAACCUAACAUUGGUUUGGAAUGAUUGUGUGCAUGAAUUUGGGAGAAUGUCUAAAACAAAAACUAGCAAAAUGUUUAAAACUUUUUGCCAUGUUUGAGGAGUGCUAGAAAAUGCAAAGUGCAAUCUUCCCCUGACCUUCGAUGUGGGGCUUGGAUCGCUGUGGAAGAGUAAUUUUCAUUAUGGUGAAAACGUUGAUUCAGAUAAAUUUCUACACUUGCCAUUUGCAUGUUUGUUGCUUUCUAAUUAAAGAAGUUGAUUGUUUUAAGAU